AUGUCCAUCUCUCCCAGUUCACGUGUCUUAGUCGCGCCUCCCGACGCCAAGUCAUUGCGACUCAUUGGACAGCAUCUGGGAGCUUGGCUUGACAAGAGGCAGUCGCUCUUGCCAACAUGGCGAACGAGUACAGUACACUUAUCAUGGACUGAACAGAUCUGGUUCCUCGCAUUUGCUUGACAAGGAUCUAGUGAUCAGGUGCUCGUUGCGACAGCUCGUCUUGCCCAACGUCAACCUUCGUGCAGUGUGA